AUGGCGAUGCCGAUGGUGGUGGCGAUCAUAAUAGAAUCAAGUCAACAACUGGUGCAGAAUCGAUCUCCUUCUGAAUUACUACUAUUAAAUCAUUUCUAUCCAUUGCAGUUCUGCGCUGUCCCAAAUUCUUCAAUUAUCAGUCAGCUUCUUCCAAUAGCUUCAUCUCUCUUCUCAGUCCUGCGAUCGACCUCCAUUGUUGCGGAAUUAAGAGAGCGUGAUCGCGUGAGGGCUCAGGCGAGGAACGGCCAGAAGCCCAGGAACCCGAAGGAUGACGGAUUGACCCCAGAACAGAGACGAGAGAGGGACGCGAAGGCGUUGCAAGAAAAGGCGGCGAAGAAGGCAGCUCAGGCUGCAGUAGGAGGGAAGGCAAGUGCAGAUCAUACUAAAAGCCACAAUAAGAAAUAGGUGGUGUUCAUCCAUCUCUGCUCCUUUGAAGGGUGGUAUUGGUGGAUCAGAUGUUGUGGUUUUAGAUUUGUUAUUGUGCUCAAUAUUGUUAUCUGGUUUUGUUCAUUGAGUGAUCAUUCUAGAUCUGAAUAUGUGUAAACAAUGGUGUUUCUAGCCCUUGUAUCUGAUUUUUCAAUGCAAUUUCCUUUUAAUGUGCCAA